AUGUCAGCCCGGAACAACCCUGCUGAGCCCCCCGUAAUCCCCGAAAGAAUAUCGUCUCUCAUGGCGCCUUCUCGUCAGUCAGCGCUGCGGACUCACAAGCAAAGGUCUGCGAGUGCAGCAUCGCGCCUUUCUGAGAUGUCAAUUGAGUCGACAACAUCUGAUAUUCUUGAGGGGAAACUCGCCGCAAUGGAAACUGAACUUGAGUACAUGCGAUGUGUCCGAGACGGCCUCAACGAGGCAAGACAGACUGGAAAGAUACCUCAGGACGCCUUCCAGCGAGAAAUUCAACCCUUCUUGAAGUCCUUCCGCUCGUCUUCGACAACAAUUCAUGUCCUCAAGACACAACGCCCGUUGAUUGUGGAAGACAUCGAUGAGGCAGUUUCAGCGAAACGGCAGAGGAUUGAAGGGCCGAUGGACCAAAGCCUGCUUGAGCACGCCUACCGCGAUGCCAUAAUCUCCCGUGUGCUGGGUGCAAGUGCGAAGCAGAAGGGGGCAAAGUUUGACCAAACCGCCUUCAAGAAAGAGGUUUAUGCUUAUUACGGUGUCAAUGAACAUUGUCUCCCUGGCUUUGGGUGGUGUCACGUCUUGGGCACUGUACUCCCCCAAAAGAACAUCAAAGCCGCCCAUCUUGUACCCAAGUCUAUGACAUCCAAGGAAGUUGCACACCUAUUCGGAGUCAGCGAUGGAGUUCUUGGUGACCCCCGCAAUGGCAUUACACUAGCAGAUAAUAUUCAGCUACUUUUCGACCAAGGUACCAUCGCCAUUGUACCUAUGCCCGGCCCAAUGGAAAGUCCAACUCAAUGGAGAUGUGUUGUCUUGGACGAAUCAAAGAAGGAGAACAUCAUCGGUACCUUGGGUGGAUCCUACAUGAAACUGAAGGAAAUCGACAACAAGCCAUUGACGUUCGUUUCCGACAAUCGUCCUCGUCGACGGUAUUUGUACUUCUGUUUCAUUAUUGCGUACCUGAACGCAAAGAGCCGAGGAGCCAGUGACGCCGUUGCGAAAAAGGUUGAAGCCACGCGUUUUUGGCCCUCCGCGGGCGAGUACCUUAAUCGGUCAACACUGGUUACAUUAGCCCGUUGUGUUUCAGGAUCGGAGCUCCCUGAAUCCCUUGUUCAAGACAAGACGUUUGACUCAGGUGAUACUUCCACUCGUGACGCUGAUGCUGGAACUGUGCUUGGAGCUGAUGUCCGUGACGCAAUUCUUGCCAUGAGGAAUCUCUAA